AUGACUGGCAUGGCCGGCUCCGCACUCGCUGGCUUUGACAUCAAGACCGGACAACAAACAUGGUACUACACUGACGACGCAGAGUCCACAUCGAUCGCCAGUGCCAUGUCAAAAGCCAGAGAGAGCUAUGAAGUAGCAGUGAAAACUCAAUCAGACUGGAAGAGCGCAGUUGGCGCAUUCUACACAUAUGCACGAACACGUGAUGGUAUUCCAGAAGUUGCCACCGCAACAGGGACGACUUUCACGCGAUUCACCACAUUGCCUGACUGGUACACGGAAAUGCCAGCAAACGCCCUGAAAGUGUUCGAGAGUGUUCGAAAAGAGGAGGACAAAAUCUGGACCAGCGUUGUACCCAAGGCCGCAAGGACGACAGGCAGCCAGGGCGCCGCCCCCCGAGCAACCGGUCUUGGUGUGUACGCGCAUGGCGCCGUCGCCGCUGUUGUAGGAGCUGUUGCCAUCGCCUUGUAG